CAUCAGCUUUCGAUGUUGUCCAUAUGCGAUGAUAUGCAUAAAGACGAUAAUCUGCAUUAUUUGUCACAGUCGAAACCUUUUCUUAAUACAAAAUUAACGUAGUAAAUUUCACCUGGAAUACAAACUGCUUAGUGGACAAACGUAUUGAAUGUUUAUUGUCUCACUGUGUGCUCAAUAUUUGUAACUAUAUAAAAAUGCUUAUUAUUUUAAUCUCGUUAGCAAUUUCUCUCCUUACACCAAAUUUGUGUGACUGUGCAACCAGCACACCUAUAACGACAAAAUCUACUGCCAUGAGUACUCCGCGAAUAAUUUCAUCAACUGCAGGUACUAAUCUUGCUACGACUAUAACGACGAAAAUCAAUGGAACGGCUAAUGCUGGAAACAACGCAACAGUGGCCAACAAAACCGGCAUUCUGCCAUCGGCUAAUUUUUCUUCCAACACAUCAGCAUCACCACCGGCAUCCCCGGUUAUCCAGUUACAGCCAUCGCUGGUCAGUGUUCCGGGGCCAGAGGAACGUUCUGACAUAAUCAGCCCGUUGCCACUGCAGUGUGAGGCCAAAGGGCAAGAUCCCUUCGGAUUAAAAGCGCAGUUCAAUUCAGACGGCAUACUCCUACUGCACACGACAACGACUACAACGACAACUACGACAACGAGCACUACCACCACGACACCCACCACAACCACCGGCAAAACUACCACAGAAAAGCCAGCGAAAUUAAAUGAAAUAUUAAGUGUCCGACAGGGCGGUAUUAGUAAUGCCGGUAGUGGGAGUAGCGAAAGUUCCGGUGGCAUGGAUGUGGACGUGAUACCCGGCCCCGAUGUGUCGUUGGAUACCGUGCAGGGUCACGAGAAUCUCCCCAAGACAUCAGGACUGGUAUCGGACGAUAUCCUUCUGGCCGCGCUAACUCCAUCACAAAAACAGAACCCGGCAAAUUUCAACCAGAGCUUCUUAAAUCGACCGCGCCAGGUAGUGCCACGUAUGCUGCGUAAACGCGAGGUCAUGCCGAGAUCUCGGCAAUCCCGAAGUGGCAAUGAAGCGCUGCCGAACCAGAUUUGUUGGCAGGCACGCCUUACAGCUACGGUUCGCAUCUCGACCGGUCGGUUUGCCAAAUUUAAUUGUGGAGGAGCAAUAAUCGGCGCUGCCACUAUUAUUACUUCGGCGCACUGCGUAACCAGUCCUCUUGGAACGACAAAUGGCACAACGAAGAUUUUCCUUCCCGGUCAACUGACCAUCCGUUUAGGUGACCGUACAGACCAGUGCAGCAGCAGGAAGUUGCCGAAGAACGCCAGUAAUUCCGGUUUGCCAGCAUCCCGCGUAGCCGACACAACGCUUAGCGGCGAUGCCUCAGACAGUGACUGCACUGCAGAUACUUAUACGGUCAGCAAGGUCAUCCGGCAUCCAGAGUACAAUCCCGUCCUGGCUGACAACGACCUGGCCUUGUUGAUUCUCUCCCGUCCCAUUCGUCCCUCGCUGUGCAGUCCGUUACCUUGCGCUCUGUGUUUACGAGCCAAAGCCCCGGAGGUGGACGAGCAGUGCAUUAUUACCGGUUCGGCCGAGGAGUUGGACGUUACAGCAGGCGGUAUACAUAUUCCCGGUUUUUCAACGUCCACCAAAUGGCUAGCUUUACAAGUGCGCCAAGCCAGCCUAACCAGCUCUAACUGCGGCUUUAACGUGGACGACGUCACGGGAAAAUCCACCGAUCUAGGGAAAUUCAUAUGUGCAGGCGGCCUGAAAAACCAAGAAAGCUGCGUCGGAGACAGCGGUGCAGCGUUGGUCUGUCUGGACCCAACGACUUCCGGUCACUAUCUGGCCGGCAUCGCCUCCUUCAUGCCGCCGUGUGGAGUGGCCAUUGGCGCAAUGUACUCGCGAAUCUCCAGCUAUCUGCCCUGGAUUAUCGCUAACUCGGGAUCAGAUGUCAGCCUGGCUUAAAUUAGCACGGAGAUGAAUUAGAACAACGACAAACGAUAAUUUACUUUGGCAACAUUCAUACCGAUUUAUACUGGAUGUUAUGAAGGACAACUUAAAAACAUUAAAAAAUUGCUAACCGUGAUUUGACCUGUACAACACAUAUUCUGUCGAUAGAAUGCUUUGCAAAUUGAAAAGCAACAAACACUUCAAUGAACG